UCUUUUCUUCUCAAUUAUUAUUUUGUGAUCUUCAAUAGUCGCACCAGCAACCUUUUAUUGCACCUACCUACAUUAUUGCUAUCUGGGUUAUCUAUAAACACAUUCUUCUAUGUGAUGAAGCAUGCUCUGGCUCUAGUCUCACUACAUUCUUCUUCUACGUACGGUCUAGUAUCGAAUGAAUUUAGGUUGCUUUGCUUUCAGAUAUACAGUUGUUUUCUAGCUCCUAAGGAAUGGCUUUCUGGGGAACUGAAUUGCUUGCUGGAGAACCUGUUACCUACGUCUUCAAAAAAUCGCAAGGAAGGUUACGCAUAUGCAAGGCAACACUAGGCGUAGGUCUUGCGGAAGGGAGGAGUGUAGUUCAGUGUAAAAUAGGAGACAAAAGUCCGAUUCUUUUGUGCUCAUUAAGGCCUUACAACAACGAAACAUGUUCUGUUGAUAUUGAGUUCAAGGAGGAAGAGAAAGUUAUUUUUGAAGCUAUAGGUCCUACAACAACCAGUGUGCAUCUUGCCGGUUUUUAUCUUACCAAUAAUGCCGAUGGACAAAGUGAUUCAAAUGAAGUGAAGAAGGCUGAAGAUGAUGAAGCCAGAGUAAACGGACGUGUAAAAACAUUUCCCAGCGGUUUAAUCAUUGAGGAUUUAGAAAAAAGCCAACAUUCUAGCACCAUGAUUGCUAGUCCUGGAUCUAUGGUGUCGGUAUCGUACGUUGGAAAAUUGAAGUUCACCGGCUAUAUAUUUGAGUCAAGAAAUUCCAGCUCACCUUUCUAUUUCAGAUUAGGCACAGAUGCAGUUAUUGCAGGAUUGGAAAUUGGCAUCACUGGUAUGCGCGUUGGUGAUAAAAGAAAGAUUACGAUUCCACCGUCUAUGGCGUAUGGUCCUCAAGGACGCAAAAAUGUACCACCGGAGUCAUGGGUUGAAUAUACUAUUAAGUUGCUUUCUAUUAGUAACAGUGUACCCCCACUGUUCAGCGACGAGCAAGGAUCCAAUGUUGAAGUGGACUAAGAAAAAAAAAUUAUUCUUGUGCUAUUUCUCAUAUUAUAUUCACUUCCACUGUUAAAAUUUUCAUACGGAUUUGAAUCCAAAAUAGGGUAAAAAAUCUUCUUUUUUUCAAAGUGAAAUCCAUAAAGUCACCCCCAGUUCCAUCUCUGUCUGUAAAGUAAUUUCUAGGAAUGUUGUUUUUGAAUGGAAGAAAAAGAUUGUAUUGCAGAAAAUAUAAUUUCUA